UAAUUAAAUCAAUAAACGCGUGAAAAUAUUUACAUUUUGGUUGAGUUUAUUUUGGCUUUUUAAUACAAUGGCGAGCAAAAGGAAACACGCGGCAUCUGCGAAGGCACAGGAAGAAAACUUUAAGAAACACACACUCGACUCAGACGAAGAGGAUUCGGACGACUACGAGAGGGAGUACCUUAAUGAUAGCGACAUCGAAGGAGGCGAGGAAGGUGUGGCAAAAGUGGAGGACGAUGUAAAGGUGACUCCGUUUAAUAUGAAGGAAGAAUUGGAGGAGGGGCACUUCGACAAAGAUGGCCACUAUCACUGGAACAAGGAGUCGGAAGCGAAAGACAACUGGCUAGACAACAUAGACUGGGUUAAGAUUGGCAAUCAGAAGAAUGCUUUCGACCCUGCAAAGGAUGAUCAGAACUCCAACUCCUCGGAUGAUGAUAAGAUCGAACCCGCGGGAAAGGCCUUUAACUUGUCCAUGAAUCUGAUGAAAAUGCUCGAGUUCAUGAAGGAGGGCGAGACUGUUAAGAUGACCCUGCAGCGACUGGGGAGCCAGCGUCCCGUGCUGACAACUCUGCAAAGAAUUAAGCAGAAGAAAGCAGGCAUUGUUGACACAAAGACCCAGGAGAUCUCCCAACUCACCGAGCUGGCCAAUGAGAUCCUUUCGAAGACGGGCAAUAUGGACAUAUAUCAAGAGACCUAUGAAAGCAUCAAGUCCAAGAUCGCUGAUUUGCCGGGCACCAGCAAGCCCAAAGCAGCCGAUGACAUUGACAUGUAUGCGGAUGAUUUCGAAACAAAAGAGUUGGAGAGGUCCAAGACCUCGAAUACAGCUGCGAAACCAACGAUGACUACCUCGGAGGUGACCUGGGAGUUCAAGUGGUCGCAAGAUGAGACUGAAAUCCAGGGCCCAUUUACCACAGAGAAAAUGUUGAAAUGGUCCCAAGAAAACUAUUUCAAAAACGGAGUCUAUGUGCGAAAGUGCGGCGAAAACACCAAUUUCUAUACAAGCAACCGCAUAGAUUUCGAUUUGUACUUGUAAGCCAUAGGUGAAGAAUAUUGUAGUUAUCUUUUUCAAGGUAGUUUGUUUUUUCUCAUUCGACUCUGUUCUAUGGUAAAAAUAAUUCAAAGCUAAAAUGCAUUACAAGUUAACACAUUAAUUACCUAAUAUGUCGGGUUAAAAUACUAGUUUAUUCAACUGUGUAAGUAAUUCUUAAAGCACAUCUAUUUGAUUUAUUUUUGAAUUUUUUCUGGAUUGUAUAAGUUAGAAUUCGUCCUUGUUUCAAAUAUUUAAACAUAAUAAAGAGAAAACAAGUUUAAACAUAAA